UCUCUGUUGACACACGGUUGCUUCUAUUUUUUCUACUGCUGGUUAUGUCGCUUCUAUUUUUUCUUCGACUGUUAGCUGAAGUGGUGUAAUCGGAUUCUUUAUUGUGCUUAGGCUGGCAGAGUAAAUCAUUGUAGUGAUGCACUACUCCAUUGUUAGCUGAAGAAAAGAAAGAAGAAAGCAAUCUCUAGCCUCUCUCUUGCGGCGGCUCCGACGCCUUCGACACAACUUUUUUCCGACGUCAGGUUAAUCAAUUGGUUCAAGCCGUAUUUUUUCAAUUUUUUCAGGUUAAUUAAUUUUUUCAAAUGGGAUUCUCUGCUCAGAUCGCCCCUUUCAGGGCUUCCGCGUCUUGCCCGACGUAUUUCCGGUUUUGCCGCUCCUGUAGGGUGUUUUACUCAUUUUCUUCUUUGAGCAGAGUCUCAUCCUGGUUGGAAGAUAGAGUGGCCCAGAGUGCACAUGGUCUCCUAUCUGAAAGGACUCUCAGUUCCGACUUACUUGAGUUAAACCAAAGAUCAAGUUACAGUACAUUUCAGCAAAAUGAAAGCCAAAUGCUUUAUAGACCAAGAAACAAUUUUGCAUCUUCUCAGUGGGAGCAGCCUUUGGUUUAUAGAAAGGUGAAAAGGAGAGAAGAAGAUAACAGAGAAGUUUCUUAUGGACUACAUCCUCCUGGACAUUCUGCUGAAGACUGGGGUAGAGCUACCAAAGAAUGUAAACAGAACAAGAGACUAUUUGCUCGUCGAAAUAAUGAAUCUACAGAUGUUAAAACAAUCACAGAAGAAGAUGUUGCAGAAAAAGCCAAGUCUGGGAUAAGAAACAUAGGCUAUCACAUGAAUGGGAGAAUCCAUUGUUCUCUGAAUAUUAACACUGAAACCAGAUGGCUGUCUGCAAGAAGACCUAAUUUGCAGGUUUCGUUGCUUCAUUCUUCCUCUCCAGAAAGAGAUGAAAGAUCUCUUGAAGAAUCCAUACAGGCAGCAGUUGAAGCCAAGACAUACCAACAAAUACCUGAGCUCCUCAAUGCCUCUAGAGAUUCUUGCCAAACUCCAAAUCCAUUUUCAUUUCUCUCUAUGUUCUCAGAAAGCCAUCAGGUGCGUGUAGUUGAUGAAAUUCUACAGUCUUUUAUCCUUAUUCGGCCCCGUUCACGACUAGGUGUGGCUUAUUCCUGUCUCCUUACUUACACUCUUGAGAGCCGGAAUCCUCUCCCACUGGCGCUGGCCAUCAUACAACGCAUGCUCCGUUCUGGCUGUCUUCCUGUCCCACAGACUCAUCUCUUGCUUUCCAAGGCGUGGGUUGAGGGCCGACAGAGAUCUCGGAGUGUUUCGAGUAUCCUAAACGAAAUGCAUUCAAUAGGAUAUUCUCCCGACUGUGGGACUUGCAAUUAUCUUAUUGUUUCACUUUGCAAAGUUAAUAAGUUUGACGAAGCUGUUAAGGUCUUGCGGGAAAUGGGUGGGGGAUGUUGCAUUCCAGAUUUGGACAGUUAUGGUACAUUGAUCAGUGAAAUGGCUGAGCUUAGAAGGACUGGUGACAUUGUAGAGAUGGUGAAAGAAAUGGUCAGUAGGCAUGGAUUGAAUCCAAGGAAGGAAACAAUUGUGAAAGUAGUGAAUGCAAUGCGGGCUAAUAGAGACAUAUGGAGAGCAGUUGACAUGAUUGAGUUUCUAGAAAGAAAAAAUGUGCAUAUUGGAUUUGAGGGCUAUGAGUUGGCUCUUGAGGGUUGCUUAGAGGGUCGACAAUUUGUUUUGGCAGGAAAGUUUGCUAUAAGAAUGACUGAAAGAGGGUUUAUACCAUACAUAAGAGUGAGGCAAAGAGUGGUUGAGGGAUUGGUUUGGAUUGGUGAAUCUGAGUUUUCCUCCAUCGUCAGACAAAAAUUUGCAGAACUGAAAUCUUAGCUUCUUGAAUUUGAUUUAUGUAAUUUACAUCAAGGUAGAAAAUUCUGUCAUUCACAUUCCUGCCAUGCGUUCCCGUAAGCAACUGGCCGAACUUGAUUGGUUCAUGAUGAUAUUUGGAGGGACUUGUAUCAGAAUCAACUGACAGAAAGGGAACAAAUUCAAGAUACAAGAUAAAUGCUGGCCUCGCCAUCUAUUUUCAUUUUCAAAGUAAUUUACAUGCUCACCAUCUCGCUAGCUUGUCUUUUCAACCGUAUUAUUGACGAUUUCCGGAUCAAGAAACUCGCAAACAAAUAGGCACCUCAAGAGUGCAUGGAUAGCGGCGAGUUGCGCUCUAUGUCGGCCCUCCGUGACUGUGUAAUAUGAUGUGUAGAUUUGCCUGCUUGGGAAUGGUGGCAUCAACUUGAUGAUUCUAAUGGGGGAGUAAAAGCGCCAUUCAUGUAGGAUGUGCUCUAAAUUCUCAGGCUUAUUUUGAUAGUGUUCAUUGGAGACAAUCCUUUUCUUCUCAAGAUUUACUAAGGUAUUCAGGCUGUUUUUGUGAUGGUUUUGCCUUGCAGAAUUAAUAUGCAGUUAUAAGUCUGAAGUGGACUGAAGGACUCUCCAAUUUCAUAUACGGAAGUAAUCUUUGGAGCCCGAUCAAAUUAUGUAAUCUUUAGACGGAGAUAUGAAAAUAUCCAUUUUGUUCUUGUUAUGCUAAAGACAGCACAAUAUUCCAAGUUAUUAUGCUGGUGUCCUUGCAGUAAAAGUUAAAAGGAUGAAUAGCAAUUUACGCUCUUGUGAUAUUAA